CGCGAUGUGGGGACAGAAAUUGACGCAGAAAUUGAUGAGGGGAUGAGCUGUGAGCGGCUGCACUGAAGGCUCGCUGCUGCAAUAAAGGGGGUUUUUAUACAGAAACAUUAUUAUUUUUUAAAGUUGCAUGAUUUUCUUCACCCCCCCCCCCACUGUUUAAAAUGGUGCAACAAACAAAGAGUUCGGAAAGUAAAAGCAGCAGCAACAGCUGCAGGGAAGCGGCAGACAGUGGGAUUAGUGAUAUGAGCGCAGCUUCCAGCCCGAAUCCCGGCUUCUCCGCUCAUUCUGGGGAAGCUCCCUGGACCAGUGCCUCUGUCAAAGCCGAGGAGGAGGCGAGCUGUAACCCAGACUGGUGCAAAACCCCCACCGGGCACAUCAAAAGGCCCAUGAACGCUUUCAUGGUCUGGUCUCAGAUCGAGAGGAAAAAGAUCAUGGAGCAGGUCCCGGACAUGCACAACGCCGAGAUCUCCAAACGCCUGGGCAAGAAGUGGAAGAUGCUGAAGGACAAUGAGAAGACCCCGUUCAUCAGAGAGGCGGAGCGCCUGAGGCUGAAGCAUAUGGCAGAUUAUCCCGAUUACAAAUACAGACCCAGGAAGAAGGUCAGGUCGGAGUCCGGAGCAGGAGCGGACGAGAGAAGCUGCAGGAAGGAGGUGAAAUCUUUCAAGAAGCACAGCCGGCCCCAGAAGGCGAAACUGCACCUGGAGAGAUCCAAGGCGAAGAAAGCCAAGAUCGUCAGAGCAGCGGAGUGCGUGGACUCGCCGUCCGAAUCGGAGCCGGAGCCGGCCAGUCCCUACAAUCCGGAUUGCAACGACAGUGACGGCUCCUGCACCGACAUCUCGGGUUAUUCCGGCAAAGACACCAGGCUGCCUUCCCCCGACCCCAAGAGGAGCGCCCAGCUCACGGCCGCUGUCUCCAUGUCCACCCGCUCGGUCCCCGGGAGACCCCCGGAGGAAUCGGACCACGAACUCUUACUUUUCGAUUUGAGUUUGAACGUGGCGGCCGGCGCCGACCUGCUGGAGCUGAGCGCGGCCGGAGCGGGGAACCUGUCACUGGACAAGGACAUCGACCCGCUGACCAGCGGCAGCAGCCCCGUAUCCCACUUCGAAUUUCCAGAUUACGGGACCCCCGAGGUGCGGAAAAUGAUCUCAGGAGACUGGCUGGAGAUUGAAUCCGACAUUUCCUAUUAGAAGUAGCGGGUCCCGGGAAGAAUGCAUCUCCCAGUUGCUGUUCCUCUGGAGGGAUAUUUUAGAUUACAAAGGACCGACCGACUCGAAUAUAUUGGAUGCAAAUCUUAUCUUGGGGGGAAGCGAGGCCUCCUCCUUUUAUAAUCAACCUUUCCUCUGACAAGUGGAAGUUGAUCUUAUCAGGGUGCUUUAGAGAAACGGCAUUACUGGUUGUCACUGAUGAUAACGAGCACAAUUAGUCAAUGGAAGUGAAGAAUUUCCUAAUUUUAGUGAUUGAUUAAAAAGGGAGCCGCAUAUUAUUGAAUGUG